AUGAUUGUAAAUUUGCAAAAUAGCUCUUCCAUUAUAACGGGUCCUAUUGGAUCGGGAAAGAAAACGAUAGUUAAGAAAGCAAUAUAUGAAUUAGAAAAGAUUUAUAAAGAUGAUUAUAUUUGUAUAAAACUAAAUGGAUUAAUUCAAACAACCCAAUCUUCAGUUUAUAGACAUAUAGUACGCCAACUAGGAAUUGUUGAAAAAGGUGUUGAUGCAGAAAAAAUAAUAGCUGAUUUAGAUCAUGGAGAAUUUGUCACAAAACCUUUAAUAUUUAUAAUUUAUAAUUUUGAAGAGUUGAAGAAACAUUGUACCGAUAAAUUUAUUAAUAAUUUAUUGGGUAUUGUAUUUAGCAAGAGUUGUUCGGUGUCUUUAAUUGGAAUAACAAAUAACGCAAAAAUUUUUUUAGAAUUGCCACAUAUUACUCGUCCUUAUAUUAAUUUGAAUCGUCUUGAAACCAUUGAAGACUUUAAAGAAUUAAUCAAAAAUUUAUUAAAAAUUGAUAAUUCAUUAAUUCCUGAUGCAAAUUAUUGCAACGUGUUUAAUGAUAAAGUUCAAGAAUUAUUGAAAACUGAACCUUUUAAAAAGAUUAUAAAACAGAUAUUUGAUUUUUCAGCUGAUUUUGAUCCGGUGUGUAAACUAUCGAUUGAUUCGCCUUUCCUUGUGUUGGAAAAUUUUAUUCAAUCUGAUUUAGAUUAUGGAAUUAAAAUUAAUGAUAUUCUACAAGAUUUGUCUCAAACACAAAUUUGGAUAUUAAUUGCCAUAAAAUCAUUAAUUCUUCUUCGUGAUCGUGACACUUUUAAUUUUGAGAUAGUUUAUGAUGCUUGCUACGAUUAUGUUAGAGGUCAUACAAGCAAUAACAUAUUAUUAAAAGAACAUAUUGUUUUAGCAGAAUAUGAGUUUUUACACUCAAGAGGACUAUUGGAAUAUGUGGCGGAUAAAGAAAGAAAUCCCUCAAAAAGAUUAAUGAUGUCAAGAGUUUUGUUACUUCCUAAUCAAAUUUCUGAUAUUGUUGACAAUAAGAUAUAA